AUGUCGAAAGACAAACCCAAAUCAAAGGACAAGUCCUCCAAGCGACGAGACUCCUCCUCCUCUUGCUCCCCUAAGAAGAGUCGCAAGUCAUCCUCUUCCAUCGACACGACCGGCCUCACCCUCCCCAUCGAAACCUCCUCCUCCUCCUCCUCCUCCUCCUCCUUAUCUGCAUCCACAUCCCCCUCGGUCACAUCAGCGUUCGAAACCCUGUAUCCAAUCCUCGACCUUCCCAUUCCGCCCGUCUUUUCCACCGACCCCUACUCUGCAUUCUCGGAUCUGAUGGAUACGCUCGUCAUGCGCUAUAUCCCACCACUUUCGGGAGUCCUUAUCACCCAUUCUCCCACACGGUUCCUCCAGGACACGGCCCUCUUCUCAGCUGAUUCUGCAUUCGCAACCGCUUCACUUGGGUUCGAGUGUAUUGUUUGGCGACCGAAGAUAGGUCAGAUGUUGGAAGGAACAAUUGCGCUUUCCUCCCCAUCUCACGUCUCGUUGUUGCUGUAUGGAUUGUUCAAUGCCUCCAUUCCCGCAUCGCAUUUACCAGGAGAUGAAUGGGAAUUCCUACUUAACGGCGAGCAAGGUGGAAUCGAUGCGGCUCAGGAUAGAGGUAUGGGUUAUUGGCGAAACAAACUCGACCAUUCUCGACUAGGUGCAAGUGAUGGAAAGUUAAAGUUUACUGUGAUUAGCCUCACCAUCGCCAACCAUAUGCUUUCCUUACACGGGUCUUUACUCAAACAUCCAUUCAGUGGUCCGCCUCCCACCCUCGAUCGCUCUUAUUUGAAAAAGAGCCUUCUCCCUUCCACGUUCGGAUUGGGAACAACAAAUCCCUUAGGAAAAGAUCCAGCUGAUUCAACACAAAUUUCACCCACUCCCACCCCCAGAAGAGUAAGAUGGCAGGAUCAAGACCAAGAUACAGACGCCACAAACGCUAUUGACCUAGCUGGAGCGCAAGAUAGUAAUACCGAAGAGGACCAAGAAGAUGUAACAAGAUUCGACACUCCUGCUACUGUGGUGAAGAUCAAAUCAAGCAAGAAGGAGAAUAGCAAGAGGAAAUCAACAUCAGGUAGUACGCCUGACGAUGCACAAGUUUCCAUUGAUAGUCCUAAACCUGAGAAGAAGCGAAGAAAGCAGGCAUAG